CUGUUGGAAAAUAAAUGUGCACAAGUCUGAAUUUGAAAGAUAUCGUUUAAUCCUAAAUGUGUUUGUUUUGGAUAUUUUCUCAAAUGGUGAUAUUUGAUAAAAAUGGCGGAACCUUUUAAAGAUCUGCAGCUGACGGAAGUAGGUGGUGCAUAUUUAGAUUUCACCGACAAUGCAGAUUCAUUUAAAAAACAAAAACCUGAAAAUUUGUGUCAACCAUGUUUGAAUGAAGGUAAUAUCGCCAACGGCCACAGUUUUUGCGUAGAGUGUAACGAAUACCUUUGCAUGGCGUGUAUUAGAGCUCAUAAUAGAUUUAGUACAACUAAGUCGCACCAUCUGUCAGAGUAUAAGUCACAAAUGAAGUUCAAUAAAAGCGUAAACGCAGGGACGUGUCUUUAUCACACAGAUAAAUAUUUAGAUCAAUUCUGCGUGCAACAUGACGAAUUUUGUUGCAUCUCUUGUUCACACACAAGGCAUCGGUCAUGUAAACCAAAGCUAGAUGUAAAUGAAAUGUCAAUCAAAGUUACAGAUGAGGGAUUAUCCGAUAUUAAAGAAAGGAAAGAACGGUGUUUAACAAAGAUACAAGAGGUGAAAGAAGCAUGUACAAAUAGCAUUGAUAUGCUAGUCGUUAAGAGAGAAGAUGCAAUACAUUUUCUUGGAACUAUACAAUCUGAUUUGUUUGCUGCGUUCAAUAGCCUUCAGCAAAAUCAUACAGAAGCCAUUGAAAGAAAAUACAAGGAGAUCCGAGGAAAAUUAGAAGCUGACUUGAAAACAUGCAAUGAAAUGGAAAACAGUUUAAAAGAUGGAGACAUACCUUUACAAUACAAAGAGAAAUCCAUGCAGUUUAUCAAAAUGAAAAUGCUAUUAAGAGAAAUCAGUGUGAUAGAAGAGACUGCAAAUGCCAUCAAUGGCGAUGUUGAAGCUGAACAUUUCAACUUAAUGAGAAGUUCUGUUUGCUUGACGAUCUUGAAGCAACCGAACGUCCUUGUUGAUUUUGCAGACAAUGUCCGCAUUUAUAAAGAAACAGGAACAGCUAACAUUCUCCAUACAGUUACUUUAGAUGCAGAUGACGGAUUUUAUAAAAGUGUAUACAAACAACCAUCAGAUCUGAUAGUACCGCUCCAAAAGUCAAUACUUGUUUUUGAUACAAUGAAAAACAUGUCACAAAUAAUAAAUUGUCCUGACAUUGUAUCUUCUGUAGAAUCAGUGGAAAAAACAUUUUUCGCUGCAUUGCCAAAUCGAGGUCAAGUCAUUUAUCCCACAGAGAAUACAAAAACGCAACUUGUACUACAAACUAACGAGCCAUGCAUAGGAAUUGUAAAAUCCUCUAACGAUUUCUAUGUCACUGUUGUUUCUGGAAUGCACGGUCAGUUACGGAAAUAUACAGGUACAGGAAAAUUAGAUGAUGUACUGAAAUCAAAUGAAAGCGGCAAGCAUAUUUUUACCAAAAAUAUUGGGGAAGUUAAACUAUCAAAAAAUGAAAAGAAUGUAUAUGUUGUUGAUUCGACUACUGGUAUUGUCAUAGUUUCUGCCAAACAAUUCAAUGUUAUGAAAAUCGUUUCAAAUGCUAGAUCACCAAAAAGCAUCGCUUUGAUAGAGGCUGAAGGGAUGUUUAUUUUGCAUUCAAACGGUGAGGUCUCCCAAACGAUUGAUGAGGGUAGUACGUUCAAUACCAUUAUCGAAGGAGAAACAAUUGAAGAAUCCCAAAGAAUAUCACGGAAACGUUCCAAACAUAACAGACCUUCAAAACAAAAGAGAUAUUAUUCAAUAUGUUGGGAUGGAUUCACUUCUCUAUAUGUGAUAUAUUCACAUGAACUCAGUUUGAAUAUACGGAAGCAUCAACUGUCAUCGAUGUAGGUUAUGAAGUACAUUGUAUUGCGUAUUCAUUGAUUGAUAGAAGUUGAAUGUUCCUAUCAAAUUAUAUUUUCAUGCAAUGUAAAAGAUUAUGUCAGAAAUUUCCUUUUGCACGAGUCAUACUAUUGGCUGUCGUUAAUAUUUGAUUUAAUGCUAUUUGUUUAAAACAAAAAAAAAUCAUUACUCUUAUAUAGGUUUAUUUAAUAAAUUGUGUAUUGUUCUAACAUAUGUGUACAAAAUGGAUAAAAAUAUCAAUUAUGUCAAACAAAUACAUGUAUAUGAAUGUAUUACAAGAAAUAUAUAUUGAACAUUAAUAAGUAUAUACUAUUUUUGUAUGUUCCAUAUAUUAAAUUAUCUAAAAUAGAAAAUCUCUAUGCAUUGAUUUUUGGGCGCUUGUAGGUGAUUUUCUUGUUGCUCUGUCUUCCUUUAAGGCAAGAGUACUUCGGUGAUGGUCAUUAGGCUUACCUUUUUGUACAUAUUUACACUAUCAUUUAUGUGUUUUAUUUAUUUCGUCUAAUGUAACCAUUGCCAUAGUUAGAAUUUAACUUGGCGAGGAUUAAUUUUAUUAACACUUUCGUGUCAUUUAGGUACAUAUUGGGGCUAAGAGUCAGGUUUGGCGCACCUAAACCGGUUUAAACUACCCAGUGGUUUAACUAUACCACUGACCGUUCCAAGGCGAUACCCGUCUGUGUUCCUUCACGUGUUUUUCGUGUCUGUAUUGUUACUUGUUUUGAAUGUUUACAUGUUUUGUGAUGUCUGUUUUGUUGAAUUGUCGUUGACGGUAGGUAUUUUCUCGACUCCCCUCUCCCAUUUUUACCCCUGCCCCUUUUCACCCUUAC